CAGUUCCUUCAGCCACAAGACAAGCUCAAUGGAAGAUCGCGGCUGCAAUUCUUGAACCUUGAAUUUGAACCGUCAUGUCGACAGCCCAGGCAGGCGCUAGCCAAAAACCUUCUCCCCUUUCACAAACAUACGAGUUCACGAAACGGAAACGCUGGGCUGAUUUACUGGUAACUGAACUUGCGGAUGCCAACAUAUUCAUCCUGAGUUCGAAUUUUCGAAUUUUGUAUUGCGGGGCUGCCGUAAAGGAGCUGUUGGGAUGGGGGGAAGCACAGCUCGUAGAUCAUGAUUUUGGAGACAUUGUGGGCGCCGACGACCAAAACCAUUUUCGAGCAUGUUUCGAAGAAAGCAUAGCAAGAGGAACAGAGCUAAUCUCCUACAUCCGGUUGAGAUGUAAUGCCCCAUCAACAUCGUUCCCGUAUUCGCCAGUGAAGGAGAUUUUAUUCGAAAUCAAAGGUUACCCGCGUUACGCGAAGCAGGACAGCUUUGGCAAUGUCGAUCAGUUCUUCUUCGCCCUCGCCAAGCCAUAUUUGAGCCGUAACACGACCAUGCUGAACACUGUAUUGGAGCUUCAAUUGGAAAACGAGUAUUUGCAAAAACGGCUUCGAACGCUGAAAACCAAGAUACAAAAUGGCUUACCCAACUCACAGCAUUCCUCUGCUCUUUCGGGCGCAGGCCAGCACACGUCUAUGAAUGGUUCGAAUCAUUAUUAUCCCUCCCAUGACACCGAAGGCAUGUAUGAUGCGAAUAAAACCUCCGCGGGAGGAGGUUCCUUUGAUUUGACCGGUUCAAGCUCCACGAACGUGAUUCUUGACGGUACUAACGAGGAGCCUGAAGAUGGGUCAAAAAAGAAAAAGAUCAAAAAAUCCCACGCGCCAGAGCAACAUGUAUGUGUCACUUGUGGCCGCACAGAUUCGCCUGAAUGGAGGAAGGGCCCUCUUGGUCCAAAAACGUUAUGCAACGCUUGUGGCCUUCGAUGGGCUAAACAAAUGCGCAAAACGGAUGAUUCCCCGACUGGAGAUACGACUGUCAACUGAGCGAGGUGCUAGAAUCGUCCUGCUAUCGCUAUGGUCUGAGUUGACAUACGAGGUUGUGUUUGAAUAUGAUUCACGUAUCGGUCGGUUAUCUGUUUACUCUACUCUACUUGUACAACUAGUGUACAGUACAUUCUACUUCUCUAUUGGAUUGUUCAUAAUAGGUGGGCGGUAUUACCGACUUUUUUUUUUUUUUGAGGUUGCAGCCGAC